AUGUCUCGGCCAAGCACCCUUUUCGGAGGAGCGUUGAUUGGGACCAGCUUCACCACGGCGGCCCAAGUUCAAGAGCUUCUAGACCAACUCCAAUCAAUUGGAAUCAACCGUAUCGAUACUGCAGCGAGAUAUUCACCUACAAGUCCAGGUUCUUCCGAGCGGUUGCUAGGCGAAGUCCGUGCUCAAGAACAAGGCUUCACGAUAGAUACAAAGACCAGCACUGAUGGCUCUCUAAAAAUCGAUGGAUCCGGAUCCCUAACUGCUGCGAAUAUUACGAAAUCAAUCAAUGACAGUUUUUCUCGAUUGCACGCUGAAAAUGUUCAUAUUCUCUAUUUCCAUCGCCCGGACCCCGAGACUCCAAUUGCAGAGCAAGCCGGCGAGAUUCAUAGGCAGUAUUUGGAGGGUCGCUUUGAGAAGUUUGGUCUCUCAAAUUUCCCACCUGACCUUGUGACGGAAUUUAUUGCCGUCUGUGAAGACAAAAACUAUGUCAAGCCGAGCGUGUACCAGGGUCUAUAUAAUCUUCUGAGCCGCGAAAGCGAGAAAACAUUAUUUCCAUUGCUGCGAAAACACGGAAUUGCUUUCAAUGCCUACAGUCCUCUUGCGGGGGGUUUCUUGACAGGCCGAGCAACUCGUGGUGAUGCUGUUGGUACACGAUAUGCACCGGAGAUGCAUAGGGUGGUGGCUGAUCUGCUGAAUAUCAUUGAUCCGCUCGAGAUAAGUGGCGCAGAAGCAUGUCUAAGGUGGCUCUAUUACCAUUCGACCUUGGACGAAAAGGACGGAGUGAUCCUAGGGGCAAGUAAAUUUUCGCAGAUCGUUCAGAAUAUGAGCGAUAUCUCCAAGGGGCCUUUGCCAGAGAUUGCUGUGCAGAAAAUCGACUCGUUGUUCGCGCAGGUCCACUAG